AUGGAUGCAGAAAGAGUAGGUGGUGUUUCAAGUGUAGAUGGUAACACUGCAAACACUCAAGCACAUGUCGAUAACACUAGAGACGUGAGCACAAAUGAAUCACAACAAGAAGGACUGCAACAAGAAGGACUCAACAGUCAAGAAGAUGUUACACAAACAGUGAAUGGUACGAGGAAGAGGAAGCUAAUUUCACCUGCGUGGGAUCAUUUUGAAAGGAGAAUGGUGAACGGUGAACUUAAGGCAGAGUGUAACCAUUGCCAUAAGUUUUUAACCGGCAAGAGUAGUAACGGGACACGCCAUUUACUUGAUCACAUGAACAUGUGUAAAAUGCGAAAUAAUAAAGAUAUUCGGCAACAGGUGUUAUCAAUGAAUCAAAGCUCUACCACAGGACAACCAAAUCUUUCCUGUCAUAACUUUGAUAAAGAAAAGUCGACAAAAGAUCUGGCAGAGAUGAUGAUCUUGCACGAAUAUCCCCUUGUUAUGGUUGAACAUCAAGGAUUUCGAAAGCUUGUGAGGGGCCUUCAACCUUUUUUUAAGGUUCCAUGUCGAAAUACAAUAAAAAAGGAAAUACUAAAGAUUUUUAAGUUUGAAAAGAUGAAAACUAUGAGGAUUUUGGAGAGUAAUGCAAGUAGAAUCGCAAUAACGACUGACAUGUGGACUUCGAGUAAUCAGAAAAAAGGUUUUAUGGCGGUUACGGCUCAUUUCAUUGAUGCAAAAUGGAAUAUGCAAAGUAGAAUAAUGAGGUUUAUCUAUGUUCCCUGUCCUCAUACCGCUCAAGUUCUUGCUGAUGUUUUAUAUGAAACUUUGUGUGAUUGGAACAUAGAUAGGAAAUUAUCAACGGCAACCGUUGAUAAUUGUACAACAAAUGAUUUGUUGAUGGAGAAAUUAUUAGGAAAACUAUCUUUGGAGUCUCUUAUUCUAAAGGGACAAUUAUUUCAUAUGCGUUGUUGUGCCCACAUCCUAAAUUUAAUUGUUCAAGAUGGUUUGUCCAUAAUUGGUGAUGGGAUAGAGAGAAUUAGGGAUAGUGUUAGUUUUUGGACAGCAACUCCCAAAAGAAUAGAAAAGUUUGAAGAAGCAGCAUGCCACUUGGAUAUUCAGUCAUCAAAGAAGUUGUCCAUUGACUGCAAAACCCGUUGGAACUCAACAUACUUGAUGUUGAAUGUUGCUAUUAUUUACAAAGGUGUUUUUAGACGUCUUAGGACCCGGGAUGCUCAUUAUAAUACUUUGCCAACAGAGUGA